AUGAAGUCAAGCAUUGGAGGGCAAUGCAGCACGCUGCUGAUUCUAUGCCUCGCUCUAUACCUAAUCACCAUUUCAUGCACAAACAAACGCCUCAUUUUCUCAGCCUCCGAUUUCUUCAACCCGCAGCUGAAAUCGGCCCAAGUUUCCGAACCGACUAAUCUGAGCCACGUGGUCUUCGGGAUACUAGGCUCGGAAAAGGCGUGGCGGCACCGCAACGCCUACAUAGGGUCGUGGUGGCGCCCGGGUGCCACCCGAGGCACCCUCUUCCUAGACAAACCCCCACCGGGAGAAUGGUCGGCGUCACUCCCGCCUUACAGAGUCUCGGACGACCUCAGCGGGCUACUGAACAAGUCCAAUAUCCGGCCACAGAGGAUGGUGCACGGGAUCAUGGAGGUGGUGAGGGAGAUGGGAGAUGAAGAGUUCAGGUGGUUGGUGAUGGGAGACGACGACUCGAUAUUUUACGUGGAUAAUAUCGUGGAGGUGGUGGCUAAGCACGAUCACACGAGAUAUAUGUACCUCGGGGGGCAGUCGGAGUUUAUAAUGUCGAGUUAUUGGUUCUCUUUCAACCAGGCGUUUGGUGGAGCUGGGAUCAUUUUGAGUUAUCCUCUCGCUAAAGCUUUGGCUGCGGAUAUUCACAGCUGUAUCAAGAGAUAUGCAUUCUUGAAUUCUGCUGAUAAUACUACUAAAAACUGUAUUGCUGAUAUCGGAGUCAAUCUCUCUCCCCAGAUGGGGAGUCACCAGAUUGAUCUUCGUGGCGAUAUAUCUGGUUUGUUGUCGUCUCACCCUCUCACCCCAUUACUCUCCCUCCACCACUUCGACGUCGUGGAUCCAAUAUUUCCGACCAGGGACCGUUUCGAGUCCACGCUCCACCUCAUGACGGCUGCCGCGGCCGACCAAUCCAGGAUGUUGCAGCAAACCAUAUGCCACCACAGGCUGACCAACUGGACCAUCUCGAUUGCUUGGGGUUAUUCAGCACAGAUAUAUGAAACAAUCUUCCCGCGCAGCUACCUGCAGAUGCCCCUCGAAACAUUCAAACCAUGGGUCAACCGUCCAGACAUAAAACCCCCUCUAUACAAGUUCAAUACGCGGCCCCCCUCGAGAGACCCUUGUGCAGCCCCCCACAGUUUCUUUCUUGAGGUGGUCGACAAAUCGGUUGAGCGCAGUGAAGUUAUCACCACAUAUGGUCGGGCGUGGCCUCGCCCUCUGCCACCGUGCUCCUCUCAUUCUGCAGAUGGUAUCAACAUGAUUCAAGUAUAUUCACCCGCCGCUAGGCGGAAUCACAUGGAUAGAUGUGAGUGUUGCGACAUCAUCGGAAUGGACAAUCUUAUGGCGGAAGUCAGACUCAGGGAGUGCAUCGUCGGUGAAAUAAUUGCUUAA